AUGGAAGGAGCUUUUGCAUCCACCAUUGCACAAUCCCUUCUAGUGAAGUUAGGCUCUUUUGCUGGUCAAGAAUUUUGUUUGGCAUGGGGACUUGAAGCUGACAUUGCUCGUCUUGAAAAGAGAUUGUCAGCCAUCGCUGCAGUGCUGUCCGAUGCUGAGCAGAAACAAUCAAAGAAUAACAAAAUUCGGUUCUGGCUCAACGAUCUCAGAGAAGUCUUGUAUGAUGCCGAGGACGUGCUGGACGAAAUCGAGUGCGAAACUUUGAGAAGGCAGGUGGUGAAAACAACAGGGAGCACCAGCAGAAAGGUACGACGCUUCUUUUCAAGCUCUAAUAAGAUUGCAUUCCGUUUAAGAAUGGGUCACAAGAUAAAGAGCAUCAUAGAAAGACUAGCUACGAUUUCAGCUCUUAAGUCUGAGUUCAACCUCAGCGAGCAGCCUAUUGAUUGUGGUCAUGUCUUGCAUGAGGAAACAGAGAUGAACCGAUCCUUUGAGAGCUUUUCCGGUCUUAUCGGAAGAGACAAAGACAAAGAACGCAUCAUCAACCUUUUAGCAGCACCUUCUAAGGUUGCUGAUGCACAUCCCGUUGUCCUUCCGAUAGUCGGAAUGGGAGGCUUGGGGAAGACAUCUCUUGCCAAAUCGGUGUGUGAUGAUGAAAAUGUAAAAAGUCAUUUUGAUCUGAAGAUGGAGGCAUGUGUUUCAGAUGAUUUUUCCUUGAAACAAGUGGUACAAAAAAUUAUUAGAUCUGCAACUGGGGAAAGAUGUGCGGAUUUGGAUGAGGGUGAACUUAAUAAAAAACUUGAAGAAAUUUUGAAUGGUAGGAAAUACCUGCUUCUUAUGGAUGAUGUUUGGAAUGAAGAUGCUGAAAAAUGGUUGUUGUUGAAGCCUUUGUUAUCAAAAGGUGCUGAUGGAAGUAAGAUUAUAUUUUCUUGGUAA